UAAUGGAAAGGGAACAGCUCUCAAUUCAUUCACACACCACUGCAUUUGGCCUUUGAGCAUUUGACUGCUGGAUUAUCAGAAUGUCCCAUUUUUAUUCUCCGUCCGUGUUCGUCCUGGUCUUCUUUGGAGCGUGGUGCCUGUGUGCAGCUGAUGUUGGGGAUUUCGCUCCAUGCCUGCAGUUCUUCUACAUGUCCUGGCCUCCUAAAGGCCUGGCAGGGACCCCGAUCUGCCAGCGUUACAUCAACCAGUAUAGAUUUGCCACGUUGUACAGUCGACCGCGCCGCUCUCCAUUGUUCUCGGCUUAUUUGUACACAGCACCAGCAGGAAAGAGGCCCCCAGCAUCUUGGAAGUAUGAGCCACAGUUAGCCUACCCAGGAGCUGAUGGCAACAUGAUCACCUUCCCUCCAGGCCCUGUGGACCAGAACGUGGUGGACAGCCAGGCGGUGGAGAUGGACUACACUCAUUCCACCUACUCUCGUGGCCACUUGAACCCCAGCCUUCACCACCAGAGCCACGAGGACCGCUCCGCCACCUUCACCCUCACUAAUGUGGUUCCUCAGAAGGAAGGCUCUAAUGAAGGGCCCUGGAAGGACCUGGAGCAGAUUGUCAACAAGGCCUUAGUGGCCUACUGUCUUGGAAGGGCUUACGUAGUGACCGGCAUCAUCCCUUACCAGACUGAGGAGCACUGGCUCAAGAAUCAUCGUGUGGCUGUGCCUGAGUAUCUUUGGUCAGCCUACUGCUGCCCGAACUACAACAAUAGUCUUCCAAAAGAACUGAAGGACACCUUUCCCACAUAUGCUGCUAUAGGCCGCAACGACCCCAACAGCACUGAGGAGAUUGUACCUGUUAACAAGACGGCUAAGCUACUGUUCAGGGGAUACGAUGUGAGACAGAUGCCACUGGAAACACUUGAGAUGUAUCUGAAGGACAGGUUUAGUACUGUUUUCAGUGUUUUUUAUGAGCAGUGCUCUGGAUCAGACUGAACCUGCACAGACUGACACAAUGUGGCUGUGUUUAUGCCAGAAUAAGUAUACUAUAUACGCCAGUUAGCCACAACACUAAAACCACUGACAGAUGAAGUGAAAAAUAACAGCAAACUAAAAAAAAAACUGACAGAUAAAGUGAACAAUGAUCAUCUUGUCACAAUACAUUGUUCUGCUGGGAAACUUUGGGUCCUGGGAUUCCUGCAGAUGUCACUUUGCACACAUGCCAACCACCACCAAACAAAGCACACACCCCCCCCCCCCCCCCC